UCGAUUAUCGCCAUGGCCAGCUCUCAAAAUUUGAAGGUGGCGUUCAUGGCAGCGCUAAUUGUGAGCAUGUUAAUGGGUGGUCGUCACAUAAAUAGUGUUGACGCAAAAAUAACUUGCGAACAAGUGACGAUUUGGCUGACACCGUGCAUAGGUUAUGGCGUGAUGGGAGGAGUUGUUCCGGCGAGUUGUUGCCAAGGAAUUAGAGCACUUAAUGCUGCUUCAAACACCACUGAAGAUCGCAGAGCUCAGUGUAAUUGUGUUAAGGAAGGAGCUGCAAAGAUCCCUGGACUUGACUACGAUCGUGUUAACACACUUCCUGGAAUUUGUGGCAGUAAUUGUCCUUAUAAGCUCACUCACGACCUUGACUGUUCUAAGGUGAAUUAAGGAUGUGGUGUUGAGCAAAGUCAAGAGAGAGGAUAAAGCUUUUACUGGGUAGUAGUGUAGUGAUUAAAUAAAGCCAAUGUAUUAUUUUGGCAUAUACAAUUAUACAUGAUAGAGUUCAAUGUAAUGAACUUUAAUAUGUAAACAAUAAAAUAAAUAAAUAGCUUCACGUGCAAUCUUGCAAAUUUCUUAAUUAA